AGCUGUGACGCCCAGGGUGAGUCUGCGCCAGCAAAAGUGGGGAGCCGGGCCCGGCCAGGGGCGGCCAGUGGGACCCGGGGCGGGAUCCGACGGGCGGCUCUCCAGCGGGCCUCUCCGCACCGCGUCCGGUCCUGGGUCCCCGCGGCCCUCGACCUCGCUCCGCGCACCGUCAGCCGGCGUGGGUCCUCAUCCUGGAUCCCAGGCUAGAGACCCACCCUAGUGAUGCUGUCUUCCCUGAAGGCCCUGGGUCAGGCCAGGUCCUCUGGCUCCAGCAUGACCCUCAGCACCUGCUGCUGCUCCCUCUCAGCCUGGCAGAGGCGGCUGCCCAUCCUGGCGUGGCUGCCUCAGUACUCACUGCAGUGGAUGAAGAUGGACUUCAUUGCUGGACUCUCAGUUGGCCUCACAGUCAUUCCCCAGGCGUUGGCCUAUGCAGAAGUGGCUGGACUGCUUCCCCAGUAUGGCCUCUACUCUGCCUUCAUGGGAUGCUUUGUGUAUUUCUUCCUGGGCACCUCCCGGGACGUGACUCUGGGCCCCACGGCCAUCAUGUCCCUCCUGGUGUCCUUCUACACUUUCCACGAGCCUGCCUACGCUGUGCUGCUGGCCUUCCUGUCAGGCUGCAUCCAGCUAGCCAUGGGGUUCCUGCGUUUGGGGUUCCUGCUGGACUUCAUCUCCUGCCCUGUCAUUAAGGGGUUCACCUCCGCUGCUGCCGUUACCAUCGGCUUUGGACAGAUCAAGAACCUGCUGGGUCUGCAGAACAUCCCCAGACAGUUCUUCCUGCAAGUGUAUCAUACCUUCCUCAACAUCAGGGAGACCAGGGUGGGUGACGCUGUCCUGGGGCUGGUCUGCAUGGUGCUGCUGCUCAUGCUGAAGCUGAUGCGGGACCACAUGCCUCCUGUCAACACUGAGAUGCCCCUUGGCGUGCGGCUCAGCUGUGGGCUGGUGUGGACUGCUGCCACAGCUCGCAACGCCCUGGUGGUCUCCUUCGCAGCCCUGGUUGCAUACUCCUUUGUGGUGACUGGAUACCAGCCUUUUAUUCUAACUGGGGAGAUAGCCAAGGGGCUUCCUCCUGUGCGAGCCCCUCCCUUCUCGGUGACCACGGCCAACGGGACUGUCUCCUUCACCAGGAUGGUGCAGGACAUGGGGGCGGGGCUGGCUGUGGUACCCCUGAUGGGGCUGCUGGAGAGCAUCGCGGUGGCCAAGGCCUUUGCAUCUCAAAACGAUUACCAUGUGGAUGCCAACCAGGAGCUGCUGGCCAUUGGUCUCACCAAUAUGCUGGGCUCCUUCAUCUCGUCCUACCCAGUCACCGGCAGCUUUGGGCGGACAGCCGUGAAUGCCCAGUCUGGGGUGUGCACCCCUGCAGGGGGCCUGGUGACCGGUGCACUGGUGCUGCUGUCCCUGAACUACCUGACCUCGCUCUUCUACUACAUUCCCAAGGCCGCGCUGGCUGCUGUCAUCAUCAUGGCCGUGGCCCCACUAUUUGACACCAAAAUCUUCGGGACACUGUGGCGGGUUAAAAGGCUGGACCUACUGCCUCUCAGUGUGACUUUCCUGCUGUGCUUCUGGGAGGUCCAGUAUGGCAUCCUGGCAGGGACCCUGGUGUCCACGCUGAUCCUCCUGCACUCCGUGGCCAGGCCCAAGACCCAGGUGCUGGCCGGGGAGGUGUCAGAGGGGUCAGUCCUUGUCCUACAGCCGGCCAGCGGCCUGCACUUUCCUGCCAUUGAGGCCUUGCGGGACACCGUACUGAGUCAGGCCCUGGAAGCAUCCCCGCCACGCUCUGCAGUUCUGGAGUGCUCCCACAUCUGUAGCAUUGACUACACCGUGGUGCUGGGCCUGGCCGGGCUCCUCGAGGACUUCCGCAAGCAGCACGUCUCCCUGGUGUUCGUGGGCCUGCAGGUGCCUGUGCUCCGCACCUUGCUGGCUGCUGACCUGAAGGGGUUCCAGUACUUCCCCACCCUGGAGGAGGCAGAGAAAUACCUGAGGCAAGAACCAGGCACUGAGCCCUACAACAUCUGUGAAGAUUCCUUCCCAGAACAUAAGGUCACCCUGCUGAAGGCCUAGCUGGGCCACUGGUGCACCUCUGGCGUGGUGUCCCAGAAGGUGCCUGUCUAUGUUUUGAGGCCGGUGCUGCCUGAGAGACAUGCUGGCUGCACAGGUGACCCCCUGGAGGGACUCUGCUGUCCUUUGGGGUGAUUGCAGGCACCUCCCCGCUCCCCCCGGGGUUGAACCUUGUUGUGAGAGUGGUUGGAGAGAGCUGCCGCAGCGACAGCCAGUGGUGACAGGAAGGAGCUGUGGGCUGAGUGGCCCUGCAGACCAGCGUGGGGUGGGGACCUCAGGGAUGUGUCUGUCGCCAUGCAGCAGCUGUGCUGCGGCUGAGAGAAGACUGAGGUGUGCCAGAUGUCUUCGUCUAUUUUAAAACACUUCUGUGUUUUUUAAAUGCGAGUAAUAACUCCGGUGUUUUGUAAAAAUCAUGAUUAUUGUGAAAAAUACAGGAAACUACCCCAGUCCUCUGUGAUCAUCCUGGGCCCUGCCCAGUGCAAGUACCUGCCUGUCCUCAGCAUGCGGGUGUCUGCGGUUUGCGUAGACAGAAUCACUUCCCAUGUGCUGCUCUGUACCCGGGUUAUGUUCAUGCAGGCAUUUGCUGUGAAUUAUUUAUUGUGAUAAUAAAUGAUAUACAUGGUUUUUAAUGGCUUUA